CUCACUCGGAAAACACAAGCACAAGACGGAGUACGAAGAGUUUCACAGCUUUCUUACUACUACAAAUACGUCCAUAGUUUCUUCUUUGUUGCAGGACCUGCAGGAUCUGAAGCAUGAGUCAGCGUUCCCGGGCCUCCAGGGUGCGAGCGCAUGUCCACUGUGAUUCCUGCUACAGCCGGCGCUGCAGGGCUCGGGUGGAGGUCUCUGUGUGCUGCGCGCUCAUCUCCUGCCGCCUGCACUGUGGAGCUCUCUUCCACCUCUGUAAAGAGGAGGAUCACCUGCUGCUCUGCGGUAACGUGAGGGUGCCCUGCCUCAACGCGGAGUACGGCUGCCCGCUCCACCUGCCCCGCUCCUCCCAGGCAGCUCACCUCCAGGCGUGUCCCGCCAGCGUGGUGUGCUGCUCCAUGGAGUGGAACCGGUGGCCGGCUAACGACGCCCAUUCUCAUCCAAACCUCGACCUGCAUAAAAACCUGCUCAGCAGAAGAGAGCAGGGCACGUGUCUGGACUUGGCCAUGGCCUUGAAUGACCAGGACCUCUUGUUUCACUCCAUGAAGAUGAGAAAUCUGUUUCCAGAACUGACCCAGAAUGUGGAAGUGGACGACAAAAAAAGGAGCCAAGAGAGGAAGAAGAAGAAGAAGAAGAAGCUGGAAAAAGAGGCAGCAGAAAAGGCAGCUGCUGCAAGGGAGGCCGGGGGUCGCGCUUGGGAGUCUUUGAGCAUGGUCGACGUGCUCAAAGAAGAUGACGAUGAAGAUGAGGUUGACGCUGCAUGUGAGCAGGAGCUAACCCAGGAAGAGAGAGAGGCUGUUGCCCGGGACACCAGGCUGAAUGCUGAUCUGUUGGACAACUACAACGCCUGGGAGAGCAUGUUCAGUAUGGAGAUGGGUGGCUGCAGGAAAGCUGCAGAGGCCGCUGUGGCAGGCAGACACCAGGGACUCUCUAAAGGGAGAGGAGAAGGUCCGGCCUGUACCAGUCACAGCCUUGAACCCUCCAGAUCCUGCUCCCUUCUCGCUGAAAAAUUGCAAAGGGAAUAUGUGUACGGACACGUGGAGCCGAUGAAGAUUAUCACUGUGCGUACCUUUAAGACCCCAUCCAGCUUCUCAGCCAAGCAGUCCCGCAUCCGGAACCCUAGUUUCUAUAAGAAGAAGAAGGAUCAAGCUGUGGACACCAGCGACCUGGGGGUGGCGCUAGAGGAGAUGCCGGUGUGGGAGGAAGUUCAGGCAUCUCUGCUGUGCUCCCUGGAGAAGGAGCAAAGGGGUCACCUCAUUGCAGAGAGCAGAUGCACAGACGGUCUGUUACAAGAUGAAGGCACACAGACCUACAACUUCCUGUCUACUCCUUUCCGGGGAGAAACAUCGCUGGCCGACCUAAAUGCUGCAAAACCGCUGGAACUGCAUCUACACCUGCAGUUGGAGAGCGUCACCAGUCGGCACCACAAGGCCAGCUCUGCCUUCACCUUCCUCUGUGGACGCAUGUUCCAGCGCAGAGAAUAUGGCAUACAUUAUAAGAACAUCCACAGUGACAUCCAGAUGGGUGUGAACGGGUGGGUCGAGCAGAGAUGCCCCCUGGCCUACCUGGGAUGCACCUACAGCCAGAGGAGGUUGCAGCCCUCCACUCACAAAGCCUGCAUCUCCUACAACCAGGACCUCGGCUGCUUUAGCCUGCAUCCCAUCAUCCCCGUUUCUCUGGCAGAAGCUCCCCAGCAUUCCAGAAGCUCAGUGGUCUCCUCAGAUGCUCGGAGGAAGAGAGGAGGUCGGACAAGAGGAGGAGUGGACUCUCUGAGCUUGCUGCCCUACGAGGUUCUCUGUCACAUGGCCAGUUUCCUGGACAGUCUGUCCCUGUCCCAGCUGUCUCUGGUGUCCCAGACGAUGAGGCAGGUGUGCUCCUCCCUGCUGCAGGAGAGAGGGAUGGUCACCCUCUGCUGGGAGAAGAAGAUCUACUCACACGGAGGAGCAAAGUGGAGGGUGAAGCAGACGGUUUGGCAGUUCAGCUCUUUAUUCUCUCCCGUGGGGAAUUGGGCCUUCCAAGACGUCCCGUCCAUGUCAGAGCACCUGAAGGUGUGUCCCUGCUAUGAGAGAGAGUCCCGGACAGAGAAGAUUCGCCUGCCACACGUCAGAGGAGAAGAGGUCCAAACUAAGACAAGCUGUGAAGGUCCCACUCUUACCUCGUUCCUGCAGAACAGAUUGUGAUGUAGUUUAUGCUGAUUUGAUCGGUUAGUUAAUAUUAUAAAUGACAUGUAGGUAGUUGCCUCAUCUAAAAAAAAAAAUUAAUUAACAUGAAUGAAUAAAAAAUGCAAAAAGGAAAAUUUAAUGCAAAUGAUCUCAUGGAUAAACACAGCUUAGUGUAUCUGAGCUGAAAGCCUUUGGACAUUUCAAACUAAAAGAAUCACACAAGGAAAGCCAUCUUGUGCUUCAUCUUCAAUUCAUUGACAUCAAGGCAACAUUGUAAGUUACAGCGCUCCACAGUUCAUCUUUACCAAUGGACCAUCCAGGGUAAAGCCAGAGCCGGCUUCUCUAGUCGCUUGUGCCGGGUGUGCUGGUGAGGAUGUCCGCUCUGAGCAGUCUGUAGAACAGCACCAUCUUCAUGGUGGAAAGGAGAAUCAGGUCCACUGUCCCCAUCAGCAGGACAUAGCGGGACACACGUGAGCUCUGAGCUGCCAGCCAGCGGCUCAUCCAAGCCAUCGUGCAGACACCAAACACCAACAACCUGCAGGUCGAGGCAAAAAUGUUUUUGAUUUGAAACUCUGCAAAUUCUCACUGUUUAACGAGCAUUGAUACUAUUCUUGAAAUAAGCUGGAAGGCAGAUUUGUUAUUGUUGGACAAAACAAGGCAUGGUGUCGGUUCCCCCGGCUCCCACUUCAUGUUGAAAUGAUUGGUACAAUCAACCUUGUCAUGUGAAUACAAGCAAGAAAUGUCAUUAAAUGUCUAACUAUUCAUUUUAAGUUACAAAUCCGCAGGAUCCUUCCUCUAAACGUCCAGAUUAGCUAGAAGCUCUGUGAUAUCCUCAUCAGUGAUUUAAAUAAAUAUCAGCACAUGAGAGGCCUGCCAUGGAAAUCAUGAAAUGUGAUUCUGGGAGUGGAUACAACUGAAAAUACACUAUUGCACAGGUUAACAUUUGACAUAGAUCUCAGAUAUUUUUACACGCUCACUUAGAAACACUCGUAUGGCUCCUUCACUGCUGUGAAACCUCCAGAUGAGAAUCACCAAGCCACCUACGGUCCCAGGUUGAGCCAGCUGGUCACUCUGUAGGCCACAGAAGGCCGAGGGGCUUUGAUCUCCGUCCCUGGCAUGUUCCUCCGACCCGACAGGAGGAGGAGCCGCCUGACGUGAAGGAACACUGAGAUGAUCUCAACCAGCAAAGACAUCACGGAGAAGUCCACAAAGAGGCGGAACGUCACAGACGAAUUGAAGCAGGAGAGCACCUGAGAAAAGAAUAACACAGACAUACGUGAGGUACCUUUCAGGUCCAGAUAGCUCCACAAAUGAGUUGAUAAUAGAAAAUGAAUAUGUAAUACUUCUGUGGCACUUCUAAGGGUUUAAAGUAUUAAAUGUUACAUAUAUUCAUGUAAAUAAUCAACCCAAUUGCAAAAUAUCCAUUCAUUUUUGGUAAAGAUGUUGAAGGAGGCUUUAUAGAAUGGUGUUUCUAUAAUCAACAUUAUAUCUUAUAACUCGUUGGAGCUCUACACAAGCGGACCUUGAACUGUGAGUUUUUGGCAUUAAUGAUUUACUACCUCUGGUUAAAUCUGCACCUUAAGAUCAUCUCAGGGAGAUUUAUUACCUCAGCUAGCAGCAAUCGCACACAUAACGCAAACAAUUCAACGUGUCAUUCUAUUUUACAAUCUUGGGACCUAAAGUCUCUGAGCACUUUUCCUGCUGGAUGGGGAUCGGUUUAUUCACUGACCUCUUCACUACAUAAGCAUAAACACAGUUCACCUCACAAAUAUCCUUUUUCUUUUAACUGUUACAAGCAGGAUUGUUGACUUUAAAUCCAUUACCAGGUUUCUACCAGAAAACCUGGCCGUCUGAGUUCACUUCAAACCCCACGUGCUCCUGUCUGCAGGCCACAUCUCAGGUCCAACUGCUUAAGUCUUAACACACUGUCCUCCCUUCACUUGAACUGACAAAAUGAUUAGUGACUUGAGUUAGAGGUCACAGUGCCCCGAUAACAUGACACAAAAUAAAGUUCUCCUUUAAAGCAAAAAAACACAAUGUGAUAUACUCAGUAUUUUUAAAUAAUUGCAUAGAAUAAGCUUUACACAUUUCAAAAUGAUGACAAAAAGAGGUGUAAAGUUGUAAACUACAGCCCAAAGCAAUAUCUGUUGGUAUAAAGGAGUCAAUGGGGUAAAAAGCCACCGAUGGUAACCAAUGAGAACAGAAUACCGGCUCAGCCAUGUCUUUGUCCAACCCAUUGAUGCGCUGCCAUGGACGGAGACUGCUGGGGGACUUCCCAUGAUACACUGAGCUCCCCUCUCCUCGUCUCUCUCUAUGAAUUCAUGUCAAGUUCUGGGAUUUUUCUUCAAACAGUGGCCCAACUUGUGGCCUAAAUGGCCUAUUGCCCCAAAUGUAUGUUUGUGACAACUCUUUCCA